AUGAUACGUUCUAAGGGUGAAGCUAACGCUUCCCUGGCCACUAGGGAGUCAUCAAGACGAUUCUUACUCUUUUCCCUCACUCUCCUCCCUUGCCUCCCCCGGAGGAAAGGGAGCAGUUCCCCGAAAUCCAACAAGAACCAAAUCACCAGCUUCCUGAGCAUCCUGGUGAUCAAGCACCUCAGAAACCAGGACCCUCACCUCAGCAAUCCAAAACGUCUCCCUCCAUUAGUUCGUCUUCUUGGCCUUUUACUUCGUCUGAUUGUUACUUUAUCCGGAAUUUUUUGA